AUGUCUAUUUCACCAACCGUAAAUUAUGGUGAAGUCCAUAGAGCCAUAUUAACCCAUGUGAGAGCGUGCAAAGUGAUCAGCCGACUGCGUUUGGAAGAGGACUUUCAGCAUAUAGUGUCGGCUAUAUCCCAAACCACAGAUUCAGACGACAACUCUGGUCAAACAAAAAUUGACCAUUUCGUUUCCACCAUCAAUUCUCGAAUAACAAAUCAUGGUAUGAAGAUUACAAAGUCCAGGAGUCAAGUGACCAACGAAACCUACUUUCUCUUUGUGAAUACACUAUCUGAUGAUAUCAUAAAAAACAAUUCCACAUAUUCAAUCAAUGAACUCGAUGCGAUAAAAAAAUUGAUAGACGAAAUAAUCGAAUCGGGUCUUUCGUACUCGAUAGGAUUGGUACCAGCAACUCAGGUUAUAGCCGCAACGUUGAACAAACCCAUGCGUGAAGCUGGCGUAUUUAUAGAAGAUCUUGUUGAUCAGGGCUGGUUGAACAUUACUGUUCAUGAUCAAGUUAUACUAUCCAUGAGAGGUUUAUGUGAACUCGAACGGUACUUGCUCGAUCGCUACGGCACCACAGAGCAAGAUGGGAGUGUUUACACAUGUUUUCAAUGUAAGGAAAUUGUAACAUUAGGAAAAAAAUGUUGUCGAUGUCAUACUGCAUUCCAUUAUAAAUGUGGUGAAGUUUGGCUAAAGAGUCUGAAAUUGGGUCAAUGUCCUCGAGAUGGAUGUGAGUUUAACUGGAAUGAUGCCGCAGAAAUUAUUGGCGUGGAACCCGACUCCAUAAUAGCUGAAGAGAAUGUAGAAAGUGUAUUAUAA